AUCUUGAGCUCAGCUCUUCCUCUAUCUCUCUGCAACUCAAAAAAUAAGAUUGUGAAAAACCCUAAUCGUAAUCUCUCGGUUGAGUCAGUCUUAAGGUAUCAAUGGGGAAAAACAAGAGAGAGAGGAAAGAUGGAGAAGAGAAAUCUCCACACGCUGCCGCCACUGUUUGCGUCUCUGGCUUGCCUUAUUCCAUCACCAACGCACAGCUUGAAGAAGCCUUUAGUGAAGUUGGCCCAGUCAGGCGUUGCUUUCUGGUCACAAAUAAAGGGUCUGAUGAACACCGCGGCUUUGCGUUUGUUAAAUUUGCUUUACAAGAAGAUGUUAAUCGUGCCAUUGAGUUGAAGAACGGUUCUACUGUUGGGGGCCGUAGGAUUACUGUUAAACAGGCUGCACAUCGACCUUCUCUUCAAGAGCGUCGAACAAAAGCAGCUGAAGGGAUCUCUGUACCUGAUAAUUCCCAGGGACAGAGUGACAAGGACACUUCAAUCCCUGAGACAGACGAGAAAGUAUCUCCACCCGAGAAAAAAUUAGAGAAGCCAGUUGAGCGCAAAAAAGUAGAGAAACCAAUUGAGCGCAAACAAGUAGAGAAGCCAGUUGAGCGCAAAAAAGCAGAGAAGCCAAUUGAGCUCAAACAAGUAGAGAAGCCAUUUGAGCGCAAACAAGUAGAGAAGCCAGUUGAGCGCAAACAAGUAGAGAAGCCAGUUGAGCGCAAACAAGUAGAGAAGCCAAUUGAGCGCAAAAGACCAACAAAGCUUCAUGUUGAUUUACCUGAUAAAGAAACAUGUUCAGAUAAGCAAAGAGUUGCAAGAACUGUAAUAUUUGGUGGGCUUGCUAAUGCUGAGAUGGCAGAGGUAGUCCAUAGUCGAGUCAAAGAGAUUGGCACUGUGUGCUCUGUCAGAUAUCCCCUACCCAAAGAAGAGCUCCAACAAAAUGGUCUUACCCAAGACGGAUGCAGGGCAGAAGCAUCAGCUGUUCUCUUUACGAGUGUCAAAUCUGCUUGUGCCGCUGUUGCAAAAUUACAUCAAACAGAAGUAAAGGGAAAUCUCAUUUGGGCUCGUCAGCUUGGUGGGGAGGGUUCAAAGGCUCAGAAGUGGAAACUUAUUAUCCGAAAUCUUCCUUUCCAGGCUAAACCUAGUGAUAUUAAAGUGGUCUUUUCAGCAGUAGGGUUUGUCUGGGAUGUUUUUAUUCCUAAAAAUUUUGAAACUGGGCUACCUAAGGGUUUUGCAUUUGUCAAAUUCACGUGUAAGAAAGAUGCAGCAAAUGCAAUUAAAAAGUUCAAUGGGCACAUGUUUGGUAAAAGGCCUAUAGCUGUAGACUGGGCGGUACCUAAAAAUAUUUACAAUGGUGCUGCUGAUGCCACUACUGCUUCAGCAGAUGGUGACAAAGAAGGAAGUGAUGGGGACAGUGAAAACAGUAGUGUUGAUUUGGAGGAGGUUGAUGAAGCUGUAGAAAGCCACCCUCCUCCAGGAGAUGAUACUGAUGAUGAUGAGGACGGCAGUAACAAACUGACUGAAUCAGAUGCACUGGACAAAGAUGUUGGGACCGAUAUGAACUUUGAAGAUGAAGCAGAUGUUGCCAGAAAGGUUCUUAAGAACUUGCUUGCUUCUUCAAAAGGUUCUACUGCUACACCUGAGGGAGAGACAGAGGAAUCGGAUAAAAGUAAACUGAAAAGUUCAUCAACUAAGCCAGUUGCUGACUCUUCUGGUGUAUCUGAACCUUUGAAAUCCGGUAAAACUAAAGUGGUGGCUCCUAAAGAGACGCAGGAUAAUGAUGAUUUUGAGAGAACUUUAUUUAUAAGAAACCUCCCAUUUGAUGUUACUAAGGAAGAAGUCAAACAGAGGUUUACAGUAUUUGGGGAAGUUGAAUCUUUAUCCCUGGUUCUCCACAAGGUCACAAAACGGCCAGAAGGGACUGCUUUUGUCAAGUUCAAAACAGCAGAUGCAUCAGUUGCAGCCAUUUCAGCUGCCGAUACUGCCUCAGGUGUCGGUGUCCUUCUUAAAGGCAGGCAACUAAACGUUAUGAGAGCUGUGGGUAAGAAAGCUGCAAAGGACAUAGAACUCAAAAAGACAGAGGAGAAGAAUGUUGACCAUCGGAAUCUUUAUCUUGCUAAAGAAGGUCAGAUCCUUGAUGAUACACCUGCUGCUGAGGGUGUGUCUGCGGAAGAUAUGGACAAGCGACGAAGAUUGCAUGAAAACAAGAUGAAAAUGCUUCAGUCUCCUAACUUCCAUGUAUCUCGGACAAGGCUUGUGAUUUAUAAUUUGCCCAAGUCCAUGAAUCCAAAGCAACUAAACAGGCUCUUAGUUGAUGCUGUUACCUCACGAGCUACAAAGCAGAAGCCGUGUAUUCGACAGAUCAAGUUCUUACAAAAUGAGAAGAAAGGUAAAGUUGAUACUAAGAACUACUCCCGUGGAGUUGCCUUUGUUGAGUUCACGGAGCAUGAACAUGCUCUUGUAGCCCUGAGAGUACUUAACAACAAUCCUGAGACAUUUGGUCCUCAACACCGCCCUGUCAUAGAAUUUGCUGUUGAUAAUGUCCAGAAGCUGAAGAUACGAGAAGCUAAGCAGCAGCAGUUUCAGCAACGCGAGAAACACAAUGAAUCUGAUCAGCAGCAGGCGAACGGCGAAGCACAGGCACCUGACAAUAAAUACAAACGAAAAACGAGGGAAGGGGAUAACACUGGUCCAAGGAAAGAGAAUGCAGCCAGGUUUAAGAAGGGACCACGUGAAGAGAGUAAAGAAGAAGCAAAAUCCAAUAUAGCAGUAAAAGAUAAUGCAGCAGAGAAGAAGAGACCUAUACGCACACAGGAAAAACCGUCUUCAAACAAGAAAGGCCAAUUGAUGAGACAGAAAGAGACAACUGAGAAACCAGAUCCGAAAAUUUCCAAAGAUUUGAGCGAACCAAGGAAGAGGAAGUUCGGGGAGGAUAGAGGUGAAGAGAAUAGAAAUGGGCAGAGGAAGAGGAAGAAGCAAGGUCAAGGUCAAGGUGGUGCAGAAGUUGUGGACAAACUUGAUCUGUUGAUUGAGAAAUACAGGUCUAAGUUCUCGCAGAGCUCAGCCAAAACCGGCCCACAAAAACAGAGUUCCGGUCAAGUCAGGAGGUGGUUCGAAUCUUGAGACUUGAAUCAAACAAAUGUAAGUUUUGAUAUUUUUAAGUUUCCUUGUAUCUGUUUUUUGAUUCUGUCUGAAAAAUCUCCGAAGUAGUGAAUGCUGCGAACACAACCUUGUUUUGUAUUUGUAUCGUCAAAACUAGACCGAACUUGAACCUUAACAAAACAGAAUUUAUUGUUUUGAACCGAACCGGUUUUGUCGACAUAGUUAGAUAAAGCCUAUAACGGUUAUUUACCUAACUACCGAAGACUCCGUAGGCGUGUGCCAACUAAACAUCACAACUACAGGUCAUACAUUUCCACGUGUCAAAUUAUCAUUGGUUCCAAACCGUCCG